AUGGCUAGCAGCAGCGGCACCAGGGCUGAAUUCAUUGUUGGAGGGAAAUAUAAACUGGUACGGAAGAUCGGGUCUGGCUCCUUCGGGGUUGUUUAUCUGGCGGUCAGCAUCACCAAGGGCGCGGACGUGGCAGUGAAGCCAGAAUCUCAGAAGGCCAGGCACCCGCAGGGGCUGUAGGAGAGCAAACUCUGUAAGAUUCUUCGGGGUGGGGUCGGCAUCCCCCAUACGGUGUAUGGUCAGGAAAAUGACUACACUGUGCUAGUCAUGGAUCUUCUUGGACCCAGCCUGGAAGACCUCUUCAAUUUCUGUUCACGAAGGUUCACAAUGGAAACUGCACUUAUGUUAGCUGACCAGAUGAUCAGUAGAAUUGAAUACGUGCAUACAAAGAAUUUCAUGCACAGAGACAUUAAACCAGAUAACUUCCUAAUGGGUAUUGGGCGUCACUGUAAUGAGUUAUUCCUUAAUGAUUUUGGUUUGGCCAAAAAGUACAGAGACCACAAGACAAGGCAGCACAUACCAUACAGAGAAAAUAAAAAUCUCACUGGCACUGUCCGGUAUGCUAGCAUCAAUGCACAUCUUGGUAUUGAACAGAGUGGCCGAGAUGACAUGGAAUCAUUAGGAUAUGUUUUGAUGUACUUUAAUAGAACCAGCCUGCCAUGGCAAGGAUUAACAGCUGCAACUAAGAAACAAAAAUAUGAAAAGAUUUGUGAGAAGAAGAUGUCCACUGCUGUCGAAGUUUUAUGUAAGGAGUUUCCUGCAGAAUUUGCUGUGUACUUAAAUUAUUGUCGUGGGCUGCGCUUUGAGGAAACCCCAGAUUAUGCGUAUCUGAGGCAGCUAUUCCGCACUCUCUUCAGGACCCUGAACCCCCAGUGUGACUACACAUGUGAUUGGACAAUGUUCAAGCAGAAAGCAGCACAACACUGCCUCUUCAAGUGGCAGGGUCAGCAGGCCCAAACCCCUCAGGUUUCUAAGCAUGAAUCAAGGAGCAGAAGCAGUGCAGAUGAUCGGAGCAGCAUUUGUUUCUCCCCAAAUCUAGAAAAUUUAGUUAAUAUGUACACUAGCCAGUGGUUGUGGACAACCAUUUACUUGGUAUAA